AUGAAAUUAUUACGAAUUGGUUUCCUUCAGGUGCGGAUCACAGCCCUUCACAAAAACGAAACUUUGAUCAAGGGUGCUGUGAAAAUGCGCUUGAAACAACUUCUGCUGUCAUUGGUGCUUUGCACCCGCCUUGUUGUGCCGCUUGAUGAUGCCGAAAGUGUGGACGAGGACCCAUUUCCCCAGCCAGUAUCUGCCGCUGGUUUUCGAGAGGCAAUCUCGAAACAUCUCCAGCUAGUCGAGUUCUACAGUCCGUUCUGUCACCACUGUAAAAAACUUGCGCCGGUCUGGGAGAAAACGUGGAAAUCGUUUCGUGAGGAAGGGGAAAAACUCAAUAUAUCUUUGAUACAGGUAAAUUGUGUGGAGAACGGUGACCUUUGUGCAGAGGAAAGAAUUCAGGCCUUCCCCAGUAUCAAGCUUUAUGGGCCCAGUGGCUUCAUCAAAGAUUUCCCUAAUUCAUGGAAACGUAAUGAGAAGACAAUCUCAAAUUUUGCUCGUCAGGAAGCGAUGAAUUUGGAUAACUUUGAUACCUCACUCCUGUAUAGCAAAAGCAAAUCCUUAGAUGGCCCUGAGUUUUUAGAAUUGAUAGCGGGCAAUGGCAAUCUGCCUAACCUGGUGUCGUUUUGGCCGUCGGAAGACCUCAAAAACGUAGAUGAUAAUUCUUUUGAGUUUGAAAACUGCGACGAGUGUCAUGGUUUUCAGAAGAUUUGGACGCUGUUGUCCAACAAACUUGAACCUGAGGGUUUCGUCACCUCCCACUUCAACUGUGCUGCGAACAAAAAGAUAUGUCAGGAGCUUGGCCUUGAAAAUCUCGCAAAGCUGACCAACCAUAGGUCAGACAGAAAGCCUCAGGUUGCGUUGGUCCUUCCCAACAAAACUGUCAACAAUUUGUUCUUCUAUCACAAAUAUGACGAUAGUGUACAAAGCUACGCCGAUUUCGCGACGCGAACAUACUCUAAUGCUCAGAUCCCGGAAACCAACAUGAAGAGCCUUGGCCAGUUGAUUGAAGAACCGCUAGAGCUGAAAAAGGGUCAAAAAAGCUCGGACGCAAACAUUUACGUUGUUUUCAAAUAUGAGUCUGAAACUGUGGUUCAGGAAGAUUUCGAAAUUUUGGAGCAGCUUAUUGAGCCUAUCUCCAGAAUUCCCAAUGCCUUUCUUUACAAAAGUUCAGAUGACAUGAUGGGAUUAUCGCGCCGGCUCUUCAACCAAAUGUACAAUGUGAUUAACUAUGAGGAUAAUGAAGAACAGAAGAAACCGAACGAGGAGUUUUUUGUCAUGAGCACACUUACUCAAUAUCCAACGUUUUUUUUGUUUAAACAAGGCAACCUGGUUCCUACCGUUUUUCAUGGAUACUCAACAACUGAAAUGCGGAAUCUCAACUUCAUUUUGAAGUGGCUGAGUGAGAAUUCUCUACCCUUACUCAAUGAAGUCACUUCAGAAAACUUCGACUCAUUGCUUGGGUAUCAUUCUGAACUCUAUAAUACGAUGGCUGUUCAGCUGCUUGAUACUUCAUCCGAAUCCGAGUAUUCAAGAAGUAUGACCUACGUUGAGAACUUUUUGACAAGUGCAUUCGACUAUGAAGCCACCAGAAGUGACUUCUUGUAUGAAACCGUUCUAAAUAAAAGACUGAUGAAAGAAGAAGCAGUGAGGUCCUUGAAGAACAAGAAUGCACCUUCAACAGAAAUUGUGAAAAAGAUGCGGGACGAGAUUGUUCACAAUGACGAUCACCGGGCGUUAUUCGCGUACCUUGAUCUUGCGAGUCAUAAGGCACUUUUGACUCAGGCUGGCCUGAACGCCUAUGACCGCACAUAUAAGAAUGGUGAUGUCUUGAUUAUUGACAAAGUGACAGGCUCCUACUAUUAUGAUCGGGACCAAGUUGGUAAUAUGCUAACGACAACAUCUCCUAGCCAACUGAAAAAUACGUUGGCAAGGCUGAAUUUUCCAACAAAGUUUUCGCGCUCCGCCCUCGCUAAGAUCCCCAUCCAAAAUUUGAAUAGAGGCUUGACUUCUAUUCUGAGACCAGUUUUACAUCCUGGAUUGGCGGGAUACGCACUAGCUUGCGUUGCCUUCCUAUUUGCUUUCCUAAGGAUAAGCAAGGCCUACAGGAAGUCUGUGAUUGGGCGUAAAUAUCGCAGUAAACGCGAUGUUACAGGUAUACUUGGGAAACCUAAGCCAAUUGAAUGA